UACAGAUUGAAUAGAGCCCUAAACCGUCAGCUGUAAAAAAGACAAUUAAAAAGAUAUCUUCAAUAAUGCAAUUGAUGACUGCUCUGACAUCUAGGCCUGCUCUCUUGGCAUCAGCUGAGAACUUCACAGUCCUCAUCAAGAACAACAUCAGAUUCCCAAACUUUAACUUCAUUAGGUGAGACUGCCCAAUUCAAUGUGAAUAGAUUUGUUUAUUUUUAGCUUGCACUCUACAGGUCUCAAGUAUAUUAUAUUCAGAGUAACCUUCACCACCCCACCUUUACAUACUCAGAGGGUCAUAAUCACAAAAAACAAGCACCUUCUUUAAAUUCAGCUGAUCUUACUGAUGUGUGUCUGUCUCACAGAAGGAACAUCCUCCCUGAGAUGACAGACAGCCACCUGAAGCACUGCCAAUUUAACAGGCGUACAGACCCCUGGUGCCCCAUAUUCCGCCUCAGGGACAUUGUGCAGGAGGCCAGAGAGAACUUCUCAGAGAUGGCAGUUGAGGUGGGCUGCUCUGUUAGAGGGAAUUUCUCAAACAACCACAAAUUUACUCUAUGACGCUGAAUUAUUUGUACAUUAUUUUUUUUUUUUUACAUUUUUUAUUCAUUUAGCAGACGCUAUUAUCCAGAGCGACUUACAGUUAGUGAGUACAUACAUUUUUCAUACUUGCCCCCCGUGGGAAUCGAACCCACAACCCUGCUGUUGCAAGCGCCAUGCUCUACCAACUGAGCUACAGGAUGUCACUGAUGUCUGCAUCUAUUUUGGCACUGCCAGUUCAUAACGUUGGACAUAUUUGAUUACUUAAUGAAUCACGGAAUUAAAUCACCUUAAUUACAUCAGAUGUGAGAGGGUUUACAUGAUUGUCAGGUAAGGUUGAUGUAAAACAAGUUGAGUAGAUUUUAUUUUUUUAUUUUUUUAUUUAACCUUUAUUUAACCAGGUAAGCCAGUUGAGAACAAGUUCUCAUUUACAACUGCGACCUGGCCAAGAUAAAGCAAAGGAGUGCGAUAAAAACAACAACAACACAGUUACAUAUGGGAUAAACUAAAAGUACAGAAAAAAACAUAAUAGAAAAAUAGAAAAUCUAUAUACAGUGUGUGCAAAUGUAGUAAGUUAUGGAGGUAAUGGCAAUAAAUAGGCCAUAGUGAAAAAUAGUUACAAUUUAGUAUUAACACUGGAAUGAUAGAUGUGCAGAACAUGAUGUGCAAAUAGAGAUACUGGGGUGCAAAUGAGCAAAAUAAAUAACAAUAUGGGGAUGAGGUAGUUGGGUGGGCUAAUUACAGAUGGGCUGUGUACAGGUGCAGAUCAUCUCCACCAUGCUCUCUCACCACAGGGUGGCGACAUUGGGAUCCAAAUUAAGUGGGAUUGUAACAUGGACGGGUUCUUGCAGAACUGUCUGCCCAAAUACUCCUUCCGCUGGCUGGAUGAGAAGGAGAGCAACAGUAUUCUGUACCCUGGUCUCAACUUCAGGUAAUGGGGACUUUUUAGAUAUCGGUGCAUCCAGAUAACAGUGUAACAUUGUUUAUUACAGUUUUAUAACUACAUGUGUUGGCAGGUUUGCUAGAUAUCAGACAGAGAAAGGUGUUGGGGAGAGAACCCUGUUUAAAGCAUUUGGGAUCAGGUUUGAUGUCAUGGUAUUUGGAAAGGUUUGUAUGACUUAUUAAGUCUUAUCAUUCAAACCUGCAAUAAUGAUGAUGGUAAACUUAUGAAUGUGCAUAUAUUAUUCUAAUCAAUGCAUGAAUCAGAAAAAUACAAAUGGUAAUGUAUAAUGUGUGUUCUUUUAAAGGCAGGAAAAUUCAGCAUAAUCCAACUGAUCAUCUAUAUUGGAUCAACUCUAUCCUAUUAUGCACUGGUGAGCUUAAUUCAGCUUUUUUGAAAUUCAACAUUUUAAUAGGUAAAGAAGCUUACAUGGACUGUGACUUUCCCCAGACCACUUUAUUCAUUGACUGGCUCAUUGGGACCAGCUGCUUCUCUAAAGAAGCCAGACAGAACUACUCAGAGAAAAAGGUUGAAUCUGUUCAGGACAGACAACAGGUAGGAGUGGGAUGGCAUUCCCCACUUGGGAUUAUACAUGCCCUCAAACCCACAGCAACAUUUGCAUUCCCAUUGCCUGAAUGUUGGAUGUAAAUAUGUGGUGAGACGCUAAACAAUGGGACUAUUCUUCUUCUGUGUUCCAGUGCAUUCUCUGUGUCUCGUUUGUGGACGAGAACCAUAUAAGAGUGGUGAAAAGAUCACAUAAGAAAAGUUUACAACAAGUGAAGCCCAUCUCCGUUCACCCAUUCAAGGUUAGCAUAACUAUGUUUUCCCAAAUGUAGUGCCAUUCUCACCCCCUGAUACAGUAGAUACUCACUUUUAAGCUCACUUUAUGUUACCCUUUUCUUGUCUUUUAUACAGUUAGUCAGCAAGGUAAUAUAUUGUAUAUAAGUACAUAUGACUACUGUGAUAUGUAUGUAUUGCACUCUUGUUGUCAGGACGACAUAAGGCACCUGAGUGCCAUGGUUGGUGUAUUGCAGAAAGGGAACAUCGUAGACAAGCAGCCCCAGGCUCUCCCCCGGCCCAGCCGUCCAGCCUGGUGUCUGUGUGGCUGCUGCGUCCCCUCCACCCAUCCCCCGGCCCAGCCGUCCAGCCUGGUGUCUGUGUGGCUGCUGCCUCCCCUCCACCCAUCCCCAGGAGCAGCUGUGCUGCAGGCGCUGCAUCACCACCUCCUCCCUGUUUGAACAGCUGGUGCUGAGUCGGCCCGUGUUGGAGGCAGUGUUGCUGUACAGGGAGCCUCUUUGUGAGCUGACCGAGGCGGAGCAGCGGACCACCGCCCUGCGCCACUGCGCCUACAUACAGUAUAUCAGCUGGAGAUUUGGGGCCCCACUCAGAGAAAGCCUCCCUGUCAUGCCCAGUUGUAGCGUGUGGAGAAUCAGAGAGGAAUACUCCAGCCAAGAUGGAGAGUACACUGGCCUGAGGCCCAGCAGAACUACUUCUCCCCAGUCCAGCCCUAACACACAGCUUUAGGGAAGAGGGAGAGUCAGUGUUCUAGAAAGUAGUGUUCUACAUAGAAAGCUCCAUCAGAGAUUGGUCCUCAUAGCUCCAUCAGAGAUUGGUCCUCAUAGCUCCAUCAGAGAUUGGUCCUCAUAGCUCCAUCAGAGAUUGGUCCUCAUAGCUCCAUCAGAGAUUGGUCCUCAUAGCUCCAUCAGAGAUUGGUCCUCAUAGCUCCAUCAGAGAUUGGUCCUCAUAGCUCCAUCAGAGAUUGGUCCUCAUCAUGUAGCGGCUGUAUCAUGCAUUUGUACUGGUGUAUUUAUCUAAUCUUCCAUUCAGCAUUAAGGUUAACAUUUUCAACCUAAACAUUAUCCUCGCCUGUAGAUAUUGUGUAUAUCCAUCCCACUGUCUAGAGACCAUUAAUGAUAAAGAGGGAAAUAGCGUAAAAUACUUAAUCUUAGAUGACAAUGAACUGGAGCUAACUGGAGGAGGGAAUUGUAUUAUCAUUUUGUUGACUGUCUGCAUACAUGUAACCUAUUUCAAUUAUUUUUUAUAUUGGAACAGAUCUUUUUUACCAUGUGCAAUAAAUGUAAUUUUGAAAAUAUUGUUGACUUGAUGAUGAUGUAAUUUCACAUCUUCUCCAGUUCUUGUGUGCAUACAAUAGUACAUAUGGAUCCAUUGUAGUCGAUGUACAGUAGUUUUAUUAUGCCUCUACUCCAAUGAGAUAGAUUUGCGAAAUGAGCCAGGGUCAGUUGUAGUUUUCAUACUAGCAAUGAUGAUGGUUGUACUAUUAUCUCAGCAGGCUGUGAGUGUGAGACCUGUUUACCUCUUGUAUCACUCCCAUUGCUAGUUUGCUACAGUAUAUCCAUAACUCAGAUGAUGGGCUGCUGUAGCUGUCAGAGCUGAAUCUGCUGUUUGUUUGAUUACGAAACACCAAUAAUUAUUGUGGUUAAGAGCAAAGUGGUGGGAGCUGUCUUUAGAUUAAUCCAGUUUCUGGUCAUCUUUUAUGUGUUUGGAAAAAUUGGGGCUUCAAUUAUUUCCGUUUCUAUUACAAAGCCAUCUAUAUUAAGUCAUUGUGGAUGAUGUGUGAUUGUAUCACUUUAUCUCUACACUUGUGUUGUGUCUAACCUGUUAUACUGCAGAAAUGUGCAAAAGUCUUACCAGGAGACAGACUCAGUGAUCAGCUGUCACCACCUAGGCUUUUAAGACUUUUAAUGAAUUUUUUAUCUUAAACACAUUUUAUUCUAGGUAGCUAGGAAUGUAUAGGUAGCUAUCAAGUACUGCCUUCCCCAACAUCUCUGAUCUGGGUGCCCUUGUGUGGGAUUUGGCUGAUUACAACAUCCCCACUCAGGUAGCAUCAUAUACUCAAUACACUUCAUCUACAGUGUAUCACCUUCUGGUCAGUUUGAGUUCAAAUUGUAUUUGGUAAUUGUUUUAAUAUUUUUGUAUAAGAAGGGGAUUUGUUUUAGGAAAAUGUGUUCUUUGUCUGGUAGGGUGAGAGUUUUUUCUUUGUGUUGACCAACAUGAUUGUCACCCCCAAUCAAACUCAACUGAGCUGAUUUCUUCUUUAAAAUACACUGACAUGUAUAAUAGGCUAUAUUGUGAAACGUUUAGUUAAUGUAUGAAUUUAAUACUACUAAAAAUAUAUUGUAACAUGUAUAAUGAGACUGUAGUUACACAUUAAAACAUUUACUUAUAAAACCUUUAUUUCAAUUGUAGUCAAAAAGGUAUUUGAAUGUUAGUGAAAUGUGAUCCUGUAUCUUCUUAAGAUCCUAAACCAAUCCUCCAUUUGCAUGUCAGACAGUGAGUGCACAGAGGGAUCCAGUGAUGUUCGUGGCAACGGUAGGCUUCCAUGUCAUGCUGAUAAAUCCUUGUAGAAUUGUUAACAAGGGCAGCAACCAGCAAAGAGAUGGAUGAAACAUUCAUUCAGGGUUUCAUAAGAAAAUACAUAUCAACUGCUCCAGAGAAAUGUAUCCAGACAGGGCUAUGCGUAAACUACUCAGAGACUGUCAAAACCUGUGAGGUGCUAUCUUGGUGUCCUCUUGAAAUAGACACUAACCUACCUGAGUAAAUAAGAACACAUUACAGUGCAUUCGGAAAGUAUUCAGACCCCUUGACUUUUUCCACAUUUUGUUACGUUACAGCCUUAUGCUAAAAUGGAUUAAAUAUUUUUUAUUAUUCUCAUCAAGCUACACACAAUACCCCAUAAUGACAAAGCAAAAACCGUUUUUUUUUAUUUUUUUGCAAAUUUAUAAAAAAUAAACAGAAAUACCUUAUUUACAUAAGUAUUCAGACCCUUUGCUAUGAGACUCGAAAUUGAGCUCAGGUGUAUCCUGUUUCCAUUGAUCAUCCUUGAGAUGUUUCUACAACUUGAUUGGAGUCCACCUGUGGAAAAUUCUAUUGAUUGGACAUGAUUUGGAAAGGCACACACCUGUCUAUAUAACGUCCCACAGUUGACAGAUUUGGGGAAGGGUAGCAAAAAAUGUCUGCAACAUUGAAGGUCCAUCAAUCUACACACAAUACCCCAUAAUGACAAUGAAAAAACAGGUUUCUAGAAAUGUUUGCAUAUUUAAAAUACAGAAAUAUCACAUUUACAUAAGUAUUCAGACCCUUUACUCAUUACUUUGUUGAAGCACAUUUGGCAGCGAUUACAGCCUCGAGUCUUUUGGGGUAUUACAUUUUACAUUUUUAGUCAUUUAGCAGAUGCUCUUAUCCAGAGCGACUUACAGUUAGUGAGUGCAUACAUUUUUUUUUUCAUACUGAUGCUACAAGCUUGGCACACGUGUAUUUGGUGAGUUUCUCCCAUUCUUCGCUGCAGAUCCUCUCAAGCUCUGUCAGGUUGGAUGGGGAGCGUCACUGCACAGCCAUUUUCAGGUCUCUCCAGAGAUGUUAGAUCGGGUUCAAGUCCGUGCUCUGGCUGGGCCACUCAAGGACAUUCAGAGACUUGUCCCGAAGCCACUCCUGCGUUGUCUUGGCAGUGUGCUUAGGGUCAUUGUCCUUUGGAAGGUGAACCUUCAACCCAGUCUGAGGUCCUCAGCGCUUUGGAACAGGUUUUCAUCAAGGAUCUCUCUGUACUUUGCUCCGUUCAUCUUUCCCUCGAUCACGACUAGUCUCCCAGUCCAAGCCGCUGAAAAACAAAAUCCCCACAGCAUGAUGCUGCCACCACCAUGCUUCACCGUAGGGAUGGUGCCAGGUUUCCUCCAGACGUGAUGCUUAGCAUUCAGGCCAAAGAGUUCAAUCUUGGUUUCAACAGACCAGAGAAUCUUGUUUCUCAUGAUCUGAGAGUCCUUUAGAUGCCUUUUGGCAAACUCCAAGCGGGCGGUCAUGUGCCUUUUACUGAGGAGUGGCUUCCGUCUGGCCACUCUACCAUAAAGGCCUGAUUGGUGGAGUGCUUCAGAGAUGGUUGUCCUUCUGGAAGGUUCUCCCAUCUCCACAGAGGAACUCUGGAGCUCUGUCAGUGACCACCGGAUUCUUUGUCACCUCCCUGACCAAGGCCCUUCUCCCCCGAUUUCUCAGUUUGGCUUGGCGGCCAGCUCUAGGAAGAGUCUUGGUGGUUCCAAACUUCUUCCAUUUAAGAAUGAUGGAGGCCACUGUGUUCUUGGGGACUUUCAAUGCUGCAGAAAUGUUUUGGUACCCUUCCCCAGAUCUGUACCUCGACACAAUCCUGUCUCUGAGCUCUACGGAAAAUUCCUUCGACCUCCUGGCUUGGUUUUUGCUCUGACAUGCACUGUCAACUGUGGGAUUUUAUAUAGACAGGUGUGUGCCUUUCCAAAUCAUGUCCAAUCAAUUUAAUUUCCCACAGGUGGACUCCAAUCAAGUUGUAGAAACAUCUCAAGGAUGAUCGAUGGAAACAGGAUACACCCGAGCUCAAUUUCAAGCCUCAUAGCAAAGGGUCUGAAUACUUAUGUAAAUAAGGUAGUUCUGUUUUUUAUUUUCAAUACAUUAGCAAAAAUGUCUGAAAACCAGUUUUCGCUUCGUCAUUAUGGGGUAUUGUGUGUAGAUUGAUGAGAGGGGAAAAGUAUUUCAUCCAUUUUAGAAUAAGGCUGUAACGUAGUAAAAUGGGGAAAAGGAAAGGGGUCUGAAUACUUUCCGAAUGCACUGUAUAAUAUGAUCCAUGAGGGUAUAGUCAGAUGGCAAGGUAUAAUAGGUGUCGUGUUUUGUAUCAUAGACAUGCACUGCUGGCUGCAGCAGGGGACAUCACGGUGCUAAUCAAAAACAGUGUGACAUAUCCCAAAUUCGACUUUCACAUGUGAGUCAUGUAUACUGAACAAAAAUAUAAAUGCAACAUGUGUUGUAAAGUGUUGGUCCCAUGUUUCAUGAGCUGAAAUAAAAUAUCAUAGAAAUGUUACAUACGCAUAAAAAUAUUAUUUAUCUCAAAUUUGGUGCACAAUUUCUCUACAUCCCUGACAAGUGUGGCAUAUCAACAAGCUGAUUAACCUCUUAAGGAUCAGACCCUUUAUUUAAAUUUUCGCCUAAAAUGACAUACCCAAAUCUAACUGCCUGUAGCUCAGGACCUGUGUCACGCCCUGGCUCUGGGGACACUGUUAUGUUGAGCCAGGGUGUGUAAUUCUAUGUUUGUAUUUCUAUGUUGGCCUGAGUGACUCCCAAUCAGAGGCAACGAGUGUCAGCUGGUUGUCUCUGAUUGGGAGCCAUAUUUAACUGUCUGUCUUUCACUUUGUGUUUGUGGUUUCUUGUUCUUGUUUGGUUUGUGUUAAACCGUAGACAUCACGUUAUCGUCCGUUGUUUUGAUCGUGUGAUCAUUCUAUUAAUAAAUAUGUACGCAUUCAACGCUGCGCCUUGGUCUCUCCCUGACGUUCGUGACAGAAGAAACCACCAGAACUGGACCAAGCAGCCUAGUGAGGAGCAGAGUGGGUGGACUUGGCAACAGUGGAGGCAGAGCUUCGACUGGGUCAAGCCGAAUGAGGAGCUGAAUGGCGGAGAUUGGAAGCAGAAGAGCGAGAGUUGGGCGAGAAUUAUCGAGGCCUGGCCCACGGGGAGGAGAGACUCCCAGAAAAUUUUUAGGGGGGGGCUCACGACGUCGGACCAGCAGGAGGCCGCGAUAGAGCGGCCCAGCGGGUUGCCAGAGGAGGCCGCCAGGUUACGGGGGCCACUGGUUGAAGAGGGGAUGGAGGAUGGAGAGGCACGGCGAGAGGUACUGGCGUGUGUUGCCAGUCCGGUCCGGCCCGUUCCAGAUCCCGGUGUAGGGCCAGUGGUGUGUGUCCCCAGUACGGUCCGGUCCAUUCCUGCUCCCCGCACCAAGUCUGUGGUGCGUUUCGUCAGCCCUGUCCGGCCCGUUCCUGCUCUCCGCACCAAGUCUGUGGUGCGCGUCGCCAGCCCAGUCCGGCCCAUUCCUGCUCCCCGCACCAAGUCUGUGGUGCGUUUCGUCAGCCCUGUCCGCCCCGUUCCUGCUCUCCGCACCAAGUCUGUGGUGCGCGUCGCCAGCCCAGUCCGGCCCAUUCCUGCUCCCCGCACCAAGUCUGUGGUGCGUUUCGUCAGCCCUGUCCGGCCCGUUCCUGCUCUCCGCACCAAGUCUGUGGUGCGCGUCGCCAGCCCAGUCCAGCCCAUUCCUGCUCCCCGCACCAAGUCUGUGGUGCGUUUCGUCAGCCCUGUCCGGCCCGUUCCUGCUCUCCGCACCAAGUCUGUGGUGCGCGUCGCCAGCCCAGUCCGGCCCAUCCAAGCUCCCCGCACCAAGUCAGUGGUGCGCUUCAUCAGCCCGGUCCGGCCCGCUCCUGCUCCCCACACCAAGCCAGUGGUGUGCGUCGUCGGUCCGGCACGGCCCGUGCCUGUUCCACUGGUGCCUGGUCCGGCACCGGUCAGAUGCGUUACGCCGGAGCUAGAGCAAUCCGCUCCAUCAGUGUGCAGUCCAGCUCCGGCCAGCGGGGCCAGACCGGACCAGGGGUACUUUGGGGGGUUGGAGAGGGAGUGGGGAUCAGGCCCGGAGCCGGAUCCGCCGCCAAGGCGGAGUGCCCACCCGGUCCCUCCCCUGUGGUAUUUAGUUGGCGCGGUCGGAGUCUGCGCCUUUAGGGGGGGGUACUGUCACGCCCUGGCUCUGGGGACACUGUUAUGUUGAGCCAGGGUGUGUAAUUCUAUGUUUGUAUUUCUAUGUUGGCCUGAGUGACUCCCAAUCAGAGGCAACGAGUGUCAGCUGGUUGUCUCUGAUUGGGAGCCAUAUUUAACUGUCUGUCUUUCACUUUGUGUUUGUGGUUUCUUGUUCUUGUUUGGUUUGUGUUAAACCGUAGACAUCACGUUAUCGUCCGUUGUUUUGAUCGUGUGAUCAUUCUAUUAAUAAAUAUGUACGCAUUCAACGCUGCGCCUUGGUCUCUCCCUGACGUUCGUGACAACCUGAAGCAAGGAUAUGCAUAUUCUUGAUACCAUUUGAAAGGAAACACUUUGAUGUUUGUGGAAAUGUGAAAUUAAUGUAGGAGAAAAUAACACAUUAGAUCUGGUAAAAGAUAAUACAAACAAAAAAACAUCUGUUAUUUUGUAUUUUUUUUCAUCAUCUUUGAAAUGCAAGAGAAAGGCCACAAUAUAAUAUUGCAGUUUAGGCACAAUUUAGAUUCUGGCCACUAGAUGGCAGCAGUGUGUGCAACGUUUCUGAUUAAUACAGUGAAACAUUGUAAUAAUGGACUAUUUUGAAUCAAGUCUGCCCAAACGUGCCGAAUUGGUCAAUUGAUACAUUUUCAACUACAUAACUAGAGAACAUACAAAAAUGAUAUGAUAAUACAACAUGUAAGUUUACACACUCCCAGCAAUGUCAUACAUGAUGGAUCAUUAGCUUAUACACUAACUUUCACACAUCUAGAUGGCCGGGCGGGGUGGGUGUGGAGCCAGAGACAGCAAGGGUUCAAACUGUAGAACCUAGUUCCUACAUUUUAAUAUAAAAAUGGAUUUCAUCAAACAAAACGAUGCUACAUUUUUUCUCUGGGACCCUCAGGAUGACAAAUCAGAGCAAGAUCACUGAAUGUAAGUACAUUAUUUAACUUCAGAGGUGAAUGUAUCAAACCAGUUGCCGUGAUAAGGUUUUUGUUGUUGUGCACUCUCCUCAAACAAUAGCAUGGUCUUUUUUCACUGUAAUAGCUACUGUAAAUUGGACAGUGCAGUUAGAUUAACAAGGAUGUAAGCUUCCUGCCCAUAUAAGACAUGUCUAUGUCCUGGAAAGUUUGCUGUUACUUACAACAGUCAUGCUAAUCACAUUAGCGCACGUUAGCUCAACCGUCCCAUUUACGGGACACCGAGUCCGUAGAGGUUAAACAGAAUGAUCAUUACACGGGUGCACCUUGUGCUGGAGACAAUAAAAGGCCACUAAUAUGUGCAGUUUUGUCACACAACACAAUGCCACAGAUGUCUCAAGUUGAGGGAGUGUGCAAUUGGCAUGCUGACUGCAGGAAUGUCCACCAGAACUGUUGCCAGAUAAUUUAAAUGUUAAUUUCUCUACCAUAAGCCGCCUCCAACUUCGUUUUAGAGAAUUUGACAGUAUGCCCAACCGGCCUCACAACCGCAGACCGUGUGUAACCACCCCAGCCCAGGACCUCCACAUUCGGCUUCUUCACCUGCGAGAUCGUCUGAGACCAGCCACCCGGACAGCUGAUGAAACUGAGGAGUAUUUCUGUCUGUAAUAAAGCCCUUUUGUGGGGAAAAACUCAUUCUGAUUGGCUGGGCCUGGCUCCCACCCAUGACUGCGCCACUGCCCAGUCAUGUGAAAUCCCGGAUGAUCAUUGGAAACAGGAUGCACCUGAGCUCAAUUUGGAGUCUCAUAGCAAAGUGUCUGAAUACUUAUGUAAAUAAGGUAUCUGUUUUUUAUUUUGUAUAAUUUUGGAAAAAAAUCUAAACACCUGUUUUUGCUUUGUCAUUAUGGGGUAUUGUGUGUAGAUUGCUGAGGUUUUGUAUUUAUUUAAUCCAUUUUAGAAUAAGGCUGUAACGUAACAAAAUGUGGAAAAAGUCAAGGGGUCUGAAUACUUUCCGAAGGCACUGUAUGUUUGUUUGUGUGGCACUCAAGUGAAACAUGUAAUAUGGAAAGGAAUUAAGGCAGGACACCUGCUUAAGAGUUUUAUUUUAUUCUGCAGAAUACCCCAUAUUUUCUCCUUUGGUCUCUUGCAGAAGAAACAUUUUGGCUGAUGUUAACCCUUCAUAUCUGAAGCAAUGUGAUUUCAAUCACACAACAGACCUUGACUGUCCCAUCUUCAGCCUCAAAGACAUGGUCGCUGAAGCUGAUGAGGACUUUCAGACCAUGGCUAUCAGGGUAUAACAUGUAGCUACUCACUUUCUCUUCUCAGGUCCCAUUCAGAUGACUCUGCAUAAGCCCAUACUAGUUAUUCCUAGAAUACCUGGGAUAGGCUAAAGUAUUCCUUCUAACCCCCCCCCCCCCCCCCAAAUUGUAAAGUGGUUAUCCCACUGGCUAUAGGGUGAACGCACCAAUUUGUGAGUCGCUCUGGCUAAGAGCGUCUGCUAAAUGACGUUAAUGUGCCCUUGAGCAAGGCACUUAACCCUAAUUGCUCCUGUAAGUCGCUCUGGUUAAGAGCGUCUGCUAAAUGACUAAAAUGUUAAAAAAAAUGUAAAAAUGUUAUUCCUGAAGUUAUUCUCAGUAGUUAUGCCGUGUUUGGUUUGUGUUACAAUUUAUCCCUGCCCAUCAGGCUAUAGGCUAUUUGGGCAGUAGUGUAACUCUCUGGUAUAUACACUAAGUAUACCAAACUUUAGGGACACCUUCCUAAUAUUGACUCCUGAGUGGCGCAGUGGUCUAAGGCACUGCAUCGCAGUGCUAGCUGUGCCACUAGAGAUCCUGGUUCGAGUCCAGGCUCUGUCGCAGCCGGCCGCGAACGGGAGACCCAUGAGCGGCGCACAAUUGGUCCAGCGUCGUCAAAGGUAUUUGGCCGGCAGGGAUGUGAGUUUGUUUCCCACGGGGAGCCAGUAUGAAAAAAACAAAACUUGUAUGCAUUCACUACCUGUAAGUCGCUCUGGAUAAGAGCGUCUGCUAAAUGACUAAAAUGUAAAUGUAAUAUUGAUAGCUGAAUUUUGAAAUGAGACUAUUUUAUGGUUCUGUUUGUUAAGGGUGGUGUUCUUGGGAUUGUGAUUGACUGGAGCUGUGACCUGGCCUCAACAUUACCGUGGCCCUAAGUACUCCUUCCGCAGGCUGGACAACAAAAACUCUGAGAACAACGUGGCCCCUGGAUACAACUUUAGGUGAGAUCAAUGAACAUGUGGACACAACACUGUAAAGAGAAUACAUAUAGCUUUUCAACAAGACUAUGCUAUUUCCACAGGUUUGCCAAGUACUACAAAACCGCUGAUGAUGUGGAAACAAGAACCUUGAAGCCAUGCUCUUUUUGUCCAGACCUCUAACCACCUCCAAUCUCCAGCCCCUGCCACUAAACAACAUGCAUGCACUCAUAUUUCCAACUAAGCCUCUUCAGUGUACGACCUAUCAAACUGCUGUGAAGUUUAGCCAGAAUGCUUGCUUACAUGUGCACCGGGGUCGUACAGACUUCCUGUUUAGAUUAAGACACUGCAGAGCGAGAUAUGGCUCGGAAAACCUACCAUAAUCCAGGGAUGAGAACUGCAUUGUACUCCGAAUUGUCCCUUUAUCCCAACUGUUACACCGAGAAGAUUGAACGACUGCUAGCUGUUCGGGAAAACUGCCCUUUUCGUCCUCAUGCUAGGUAGCAGAAGCCAGAGCAGCCAUUUUGGAAUGGCAGUGUCAGCCAAUCAGCUCCUUCGUUGUUCAACGCAACGUUCUAUUCCAUAACGGCUGCAGUGGCUACUGCUAGCUAGCACGAGGACAAAAACAGCAGUUUACUUAAAAACUAGCAGUCGUUCAAUCUCCUUGAUGUUACAGUUGGGAUAAUGGGACAAUUCGGCGUACAACUAAUUUCUCACCCCUACAUUGAGGUACGUUUUCCGAGACAUAUCUAGCACCGGCUCCGCUGUGUUUUAAUCUAAACAGGAGGCCUAUUCGACCCCAGUGCAGCUGUAAGCAAGCGUAGGGUAGGAAUCUAUUACGGCUACUCUAAAGUUAUUUGCUAUCUGAUAACAAGGAACAGAUAAAUAGUAAGAAAAUCAUUUUAAUGGAAAUAGCAUUUCGCAUCAUUUAUCAAAAAAGAAUAACAAACAAGCGGUAUUAUAGAAAGUAGAAAAUAGUUUUUCAAAUUAUCGCCUUUUCUGGAAAAUAUUUCCUCUUCCCAUCCCUCCACGUCCUCGCCCCCUAGCAGCCACUGGGAGAAGAGACAAAGCAAAUUGUUAAUCAAUCAACAUACAUCAAAUCAAAUUGUAUUUGUCACAUGCGCAGAAUACAACAGGUGUAGAACUUACAGUGAAAUGCUUACUUACAAGCCCUUAACCAACAAUGCAGUUUUAAGAAAAAUAAGUGUUAAGUAAAAAAAUAGAUAAGUAAAAAAUCAAAAUACUAAAUAAUUAAAGAGCAGCAGUAAAAUAACAGUAGCGAGGCUAUAUACAGGGGGUACCGGUACAGAGUCAAUGUGCGGGGGCACAGGUUAGUCGAGGUAAUAUGUACAUGUAGGUAGAGUUAAAGUGACUAUGCAUAGAUAAUAAACAGAGAGUAGCAGCAGAGUAAAAGAGGGGGUGGGGAACAAUGCAAAUAGUCUGGGUAGCAAUUUGAUUAGCUGUUAUGGCUUGGGGGUAGAAGCUGUUAAGAAACCUUUUGGACCUAGACUUGGCACUCCGGUACCGCUUGCCGUGCGGUAGCAGAGAGAACAGUCUAUGACUAGGGUGGCUGAAGUCUUUGACAAUUUUUAGGGCCUUCCUCUGACACCGCCUGGUGUAGAGUUCCUAGAUGUCAGGAAACUUGGCCCCAGUGAUGUACUGGGCUGUACGCACUACCCUCUGUAGUGCCUUGUCAGAGGCCGAGCAGUUGCCAUACCAGGAAGUGAUGCAACCAGUCAGGAUGCUCUCGAUGGUGCAGCUGUAGAAAUCUUUGAUGAUCUGAGGACCCAUGCCAAAUCUUUUCAGUCUCCUGAGGGGGAAUAGGCUUUGUUGUGACCUCUUCAUGACUGUCUUGGUGUGUUUGGACCAUGAUAGUUUGUUGGUGAUGUGGACACCAAGGAACUUGAAGCUCUCAACCAGCUCCACUACAGCCCCGUCGAUGAGAAUGGGGGCGUGCUCGGUCCUCUUCUUUUUCCUGUCGUCCACAAUCACCUCCUUUGUCUUGAUCACGUUGAGGGAGGUUGUUAUCCUGGCAUCACAUGGACAGGUCUCUGACCUCCUCCCUAUAGGCUGUCUCAUCAUUGACAGUGAUCAGGCCUACCACUGCUGUGUCGUCGGCAAACUUGAUGGUGUUGGAGUCGUGCCUGGCCAUGCAGUCAUGGGUGAACAGGGAGUACAGGAGGGGACUGAGCACGCACCCCUGAGGGGCCCCCGUGUUGAGGAUCAGCGUGGCGGAUGUGUUGUUACCUACCCUUACCACCUGGGGGCGGUCCGUCAGGAAGUCCAGGAUCCAGUUGCAGAGGGAGGUGUUUAGUCCCAGGGUCCUUAGCUUAGUAAUGAGCUUUGAGGGCACUGUGGUAUUGAACGCUGAGCUGUAGUCAAUGAACAGCAUUCUCAUGUAGGUGUUCCUUUUGUCCAGGUGGGAAAGGGCAGUGUGGAGUGCAAUAGAGAUUGCAUCAUCUGUGGAUCUGUUGGGGCGGUAUGCAAAUUGGAGUGGGUCUAUUUCUGGGAUAAUGGUGUUGAUGUGAUCUACGACCAGCCUUUCAAAGCACUUCAUGGUUACAGACGUGAGUGCUACUGGUCGGUAGUCAUUUAGGCAGGUUACCUUAGUGUUCUUGGGCACAGGACUAUGGUGGUCUGCUUGAAACAUGUUGGUAUUACAGACUCAGUCAGGGACAGGUUGAAAAGUGAAGAUACUUGCUAGUUGGUUAGCGCAUGCUCGGAGUACACGUCCUGGUUUUUUUAUUUUUAUUUUUUUAUUUCACCUUUAUUUAACCAGGUAAACCAGUUGAGAACAAGUUCUCAUUUACAACUGCGACCUGGCCAAGAUAAAGCAAAGCAGUGCGAUAAAAACAACAACACAGAGUUACAUAUGGGGUAAAACAAAACUAAGUCAAAAAUGCAACAGAAAUACAUAUAAUAUACAGUGUGCAAAUUUAGCAAGUUAUGGAGGUAAGGCAAUAAAAUAGGCUAUAGUGCAAAAUAAUUACAAUUUAGUAUUAACACUGGAAUGAUGUGCAAGAGAUGAUGUGCAAAUAGAGAUACUGGGGUACAAAUGAGCAAAAUAAAUAACAAUAUAGGGAUGAGGUAGUUGGGCGGGCUAAUUUCAGAUGGGCUGUGUACAGGUGCAGUGAUCGGUAAGGUGCUCUGACAACUGACAACCGUCUGGCCCUGCGGCCUUGUGAAUGUUGACAUAUUUAAAGGUCUUACUCACAUCAGCUACGGAGAGCGUGAUCACACAAUCGUCCGGAACAGCUGAUGCUCUCAUGCAUGUAUCAGUGUUGCUUGCCUCAAAUCGAGCAUAGAAGUAAUUUAGCUUGUCUGGUAGGCUCGUGUCACUGGGCAGCCCACAGCUGUGCUUCCCUUUGUAGUCUGUAAUAGUCCGACGAGCGUCGGAGCGGUGUAGUACAAUUCAAUCUUAGUCCUGUAUUGACCCUUUGCCUGUUUGAUGGUUCGUCGGAGGGCAUAGCGGGAUUUCUUAUAAGCGUCCGGGUUAGAGUCCCGCUCCUUGAAAGCGGCAGCUCUACCCUUUAGCUCAGUGCAGAUGUUGCCUGUAAUCCAUGGCUUCUGGUUGGGGUACGUACGUACGGUCACUGUGGGGACGACGUCAUCGAUGCACUUAUUGAUGAAGCCAGUGACUGAUGUGGUGUACUCCUCAAUGCCAUCGGAAAAAUCCCGGAACAUAUUCCAGUCUGCGCUAGUAAAACAGUCCUGUAGCUUAGCAUCUGCGUCUUCUGACCACUUCUUUAUUGACCGAGUCACUGGUGCUUCCUGCUUUAGUUUUUGCUUGUAAGCAGGAGGAUAGAGAGUUAUGGUCAGAUUUGCCAAAUGGAGGGCGAGGGAGAGCGUUGUACGCGUCUCUGUGUGUGGAGUAAAGGUGGUCUAGAGUUUUUUUUCCUCUGGUUGCACAUUUAACAUGCUGGUAGAAAUUAGGUAAAACUGAUUUAAGUUUCCCUGCAUUAAAGUCCCUGGCCACUAGGAGCGCCGCCUCUGGAUGAGCGUUUUCCUGUUUGCUUAUGGCCUUAUACAGCUCAUUGAGUGCAGUCUUAGUGCCAGCAUCGGUUUGUGGUGGUAAAUAGACAGCUACGAAAAAUAUAGAUGAAAACUCUCUUGGUAAAUUGUGUGGUCUACAGCUUAUCAUGAGAUACUCUACCUCAGGCGGGCAAAACCGCGACUUCCUUAAUAUUCGAUUUUGUGCACCAGCUGUUGUUUACAAAUAUACACAGACCGCCACCCCUUGUCUUACCGGAGGCAGCUGUUCUUUCUUGCCGAUGCAGCAUAUUUCCCGCCAGCUGUAUGUUAUCCAUGUCGUUGUUCAGCCACGACUCGGUGAAACAUAAGAUAUUACCGUUUUUAAUGUCCCGUUGGUAGGAUAUCCGUGAUUUUUUUUUUUUUUUGGGGGGGGGGGGGGUAGAUCAGCUUAAUAUUGCAGAUAGAUUGUAACUUCCAUCAAUGUAAUUGUCUGCAUCACUUCCAAUCCCCCAUGAUUUUAUAUAUAUAUAUAUAUAUAUAUAUAUAUAUAUAUAUAUAUAUAUAUAUAUAUAUAUUCCCCUUUAUUACUUUCCAACCCCGCCACCCUUUCCCUACUUGGGGUAAACUAGUGAACAACAAUGCUUAGGCCUCUACUUCCAGCUUAUACUUACUAUCUACAUUUUAUGUACACAGUCAAUUUUACAAUAAUUAUAUUUUGUUUGUUUUUUUCUCCUGAACUUCUUCUAGUCUCAACCUCUCCGAUCAUUUUCAUGAUGUCCAUCCGGUUUGCUUCUAUAUGCCAUAUAUUUCUAACUGUGCUGUUUCCCAAAAGCUCCCAACAUACAACCUAUGUGGACACAGUAUGCUUACGUUAUUAGUUGUUAUUAUUUUGUUGUUAGUUGUUAUUAGUCCCAUCCUUCAGAUCCAUUCAACAACUCCCAUCUAUCUCUUAACACCAUCCAUAUAGGAUUUCUAUUUGCCAUAUAUAUUUCAACUGUACUGUGAUGUUUUACAAAAAUUCUGAACCUUUCUAUUCUCAUUGUUUCUACAGAUUGUGAAUUAAAAAUAAACAUUUUUGCUAAAAGUAUUAUUAUAUUAUUGAUCGAUUGACUACGACUUUUCAGAUCACCCAGUAAUGCUAUCUGCAAGGUUAGCUCCAGGUAAAUAUUGCAAUCCUUUAGCCAUUCCUGGACCUGUGUCCAAAAACAAGCUACAAAUGGACAGUACCAAAACAAAUGAUCUAAUGAUUCUGUCUCUUCGCAGCAUCCGUGAUCUUAGUUUGUCUAUUUUGUUAUCCAAUGAUGGCUAAUAGGACUGAUGGUAGAGGCAGAUUAUGCCUCGCCGUCGGAUCCUUACGAGGCACCCCGACCUACGUCCCCGAUAUCUCAGUCUCUUUCUCAUGCGAAUGACAGGGAUUUGGGCCUUGUCGGGUGUCUGAAGAAAAUCCUUAGCAUCCGACUCGUCAAAUAAAAAAUCUUCGCCCAGUAUGAGGUGAGUAAUCGCUGUCCUGAUAUCCAGAAGCUCUUUUCGGUCAUAAGAGACGUGGCAGAAACAUUAUGUACAAAAUAAGUUGCAAAUAACGCGAAAAAACACACACAAUAGCACAAUUGGUUACGAGCCCGUAAAACGGCAGCCAUCUCCUUCGGUGCCAUUAGAGACAGAAUCAUUAGAUCAUUUGUUUUGGUACUGUCCAUUUGUAGCUUGUUUUUACAAUAAUCUGCUUGCAUAAUUUAUGUGCCAAAUCCAAUAGGAUACUAGCUUGGGCCUAGAUCUCUUUGUGCUCCUGCUAACACCAACUCCAAUGCUGUCAUAGUCAAGCCAAACAUGUUUGGCAUCACAAUGACUGACAAAGAGUUGGCAUGAUGGCACAAACAGACUGGCACGCAGGCCAGUUGGAUACCAAGUGGGUCUGAUUAGGGCCAUGAUAUAAUAAAAUCUGUACCUUGUGCUUUGAGAAUGGCAGCUUUCCCUCUCCCAGCUCCAGCUCCCUGGUUCUUGUUCUUCAUACUCUUUAGCAUGGGUGCGUUCUUCAGCAUGUCUGGGAGAAUAAGGAAUCGGAUCUUGCUGCCUCGGAUGUACACCUGCUCCAGCUGGGCUACACGGCCAUCUCU